AUGUCUUCCCACAGACGCCACUUUCACUGUUUUGACGCUGUAGGAGGCGAAGGCAUCCACAGGUCUUCUAUUCCUUUUAAGCGCCACAGCACCCGCUUACCCAGAAUCCCCCAGCAUGGCAUGGUGGCCCAUCAUGAACCCACAGCCGAAUGCUAUGUUUGCUCAGAGUGUAGACACGCCCAUGCCUUGGAAGCAGUAGAGACUCAGUUGUCACCUUUCUAUCACACUCACCCGUCAUGUCACCACCACCAUCCACACCACUAUGUUCUCAGUGGGCCGAGCAGGCCUGAAGAAACACCUCUGGGCCACGAACGUCAUCAUCACCGAUACAGUAAGAAGCUGGUGUUGGUGAAGAACAGCGACCCCUCAUUCAGAAAGACCAUCAUCUUGCACCGCAGGGGUCUACGCAGUUUGGGGCUUUUCUUAGAGGAGGUUUCCGAGCUCAUGCAGUACCACAUCAGGAAGCUGUACACUGUGGGCGGGCACAAGAUCGACAGCGUUCAGAGUCUUCUGCAGUGCCCCGGCGUUCUUGUCUGUGUCGGCCGGGAGCCUUCUCACCCAUUGAUUGUGGAGAACUUUCGGAAAACAUCCGACGAUAAACUUCCAAAGCUGAGUGUGAGGUCACGCUCCGGUGGCUGCACUGACGGACAUGAGAGGAAAUCAAAAGUGCUGGAGCAGGUAGCUGAUAAGGCAGAUCCAGCACAGAGGAGUCCAAGUGUUUUAUCAGUGAAGUCAAACACCUCAGGAAGAACAAAAAAAUCAAAUAUAUCUGGAACAACCGCCACUGAAACGGUUGGACAUGAAGAAGAAGCUGAUGACAGUGCCAUGAUAAACGGUGACCUGGAUACUAAGGAAAGUGGUGGAAGUGUCACUGACAAGAAAACUGACGGAAGCAGCAAAUAUCUGCAUAAGAGCACCGAAGUUGAUGAUUUUGACCUGGUCCCAUCCAGCCUACCCAACGCAUCCCCUACUGAGGUUGUAAACGAAUGGCUGAAAUCACUGCCAGCAGAGGAUGAUGAUUUCAAUCAUACGUCAUCGUCUGGCGUGGAUGUCAACAGUGGCUCCACAGGCUCCGGGAACAGCAGUGAUGGUGUAAAGAGUGGCAAUGACGUGAAUGGUGAUGUUUCUGAGCCUCACGCCACUGUGGAUAUGUUUAAGAAGAUGAUCAUGCAAAUGAGAAUUCGGAAAGAUCAGCUGAUGAAAGCAGAUGGAAGUGAUGCAACAGCUGAUGAACAGCUAAAUGGACCAACAGAAGAAGAUGAAAGUGAAGACACUGAAGCCUCAAGUGAAGAUAAGUCUAAGGAAGAUGUUGCUGAAGGUACCAUGGUUCAAGAUGAAGACACACACGUUGCAGGAGCAACAGCUGAACAAAAUCCGAUGCCAGAAGAAAGUAAAUCAGGGAGGUUUAAGGUAAAGAAGAGAGUGCAUAUGAUGCAGGAGGAAGCAGUGAAUGAAGACUUAGCUAUAGUUGAUGAAUUUUUAAAAGAAGAAGAAGAAGCAUGGUGUAAAGGUAAACUUACUGCAGAAAAUGAGACUGCCAGUUUGAGUGAAGAUGAGUCAGAUGAGGAGUCUGCUGAAGAUACUACUACUGAAGAUGAAAAUACAGCAGUAGAAGCCACCACAGAAGGAAAAGAUGAAGUCUGGGAAGAAAAAAUACUCCCUGAAGAAGAGAAAAUGUCUACCGUUAGUGAAGACGAGUCUGCAGAUGAAAGCACUGACACAGCUACAGGUGACGAAUCUACAGAAGAACCAGGUGACCCGGCAACAACUGAGGAUGAGACAGCUGCAGAAAAAGAGACUGGUCUCGCAGGAAAAGCAGAAUCAAAGCAUGAAAAUGCUGAAGAUGAGAUUGAAAACAAAGAUACUGCUAUGGUAUCCUCAACUGAUCAUGAAUCAGAGAGUGAGGAAGCUGUGGAAUCACUGAAGGUUGAUGAUGGAGAAGAGACUGAUGCUACCAGCGAAGAUGACUCUGACGAAGAUUUAAAUGCCACCACAAAUGAAGAAGAAGAGGAAAAUGAUGUCACAAGUAACGAUCUGUCAAAUGAACCAUCUGAAAUAGCAACAACUGAAGAUGAGUUUCUUGUAGAAAGAGAGACAGCCGCUACAAGUGAGCAUGAACUUACGGAAGGCACUUACGAAGCAUCCACAGCUGAAGAUGAAAAUGUAGCUGUCGAGAGCAGCAUGGUGGCCACAAGUGAGCGUGAAUCUGAGGAAGACGAGGUUGUGGAAAAAGGAACAGUCACUGAUGAAGAGAAGAUCCCUGCUAUCAGUGCAGAGGAGUCUGAGGGUGAAAACAAUCACACGAACAAAUUGUCAGAAGAACCAGAUCGAGCAGCAUCAGCUGAAGACAAGACAGCUGUAAGUGAAGAGAUUUCUUCAGCAGGAAAAGGUGACUCAAAGGAUGAAACUGCAGUGGAAGCAACUGACAAUGAGGAAGCUGUUAAAGCAGAAGAUGCUGACAAUAGUGAAGAGAUUGGUGCUGUCACUGAAAAUGAUUCAGGAGAGGACCUAGAUGCCACCACAAAUGAAGAUGAGACAACAGAGGAGGAUGACACCACAGAACCAGCUGAAGAAACAACCGAAGAUGAGCGGGUGAUCGAAACAGAGAUUGCUGUUUCAACCGAGAAUGAACCUAACAGAGGCGCUGCUGCUGAAGAAAACGUGGAAGGAACCACAAGUGACAAUGAAGCUGAAGAUUAUGGUGCAGCAGAAGAGGCUGCAACAACUGAACAUGACUCAGACACAGCAGUGGCGGUGGACACCGCCAGUGCAAGUGAAUCUGAGUCAGAAGAUGAGGUUUCUGAAGCAAAAGAGAGUGCUGUCACAAGUGAAGAUGAGCUGAAGAAAGCUGCUGUUGAGGUCGCUCAGGAAGAGGCAGCAGAAGAUGUGACAGAUGCCGAGCACGAAUUUAACAAAGACACCAGUUCAGAUGAGUCGGACGUGAAGGGAACGGAUGAAAAACUAAGUGAGGGUGAGAUUGCUGAGCAAAAGGAAAUUGCUGCCACAAGCGAAAAUGAAAUGGCAGAGGAAGCAGAUGAAACCAGUGAUGAGUCAGACAAGACAGAGUCGUCUGAAAAGAUCGGAGAAAGCAGUGCUAAUGAAGAAUGUAAAGAAGAAGAAAAUGAUGAAGAUAACAGUAAGAAGCUAGUAGAAGGUGAAACAACUGGAGAUGAAUCGGAAGAACCUGGAAAGGAAGAGGUGGAAUCUGGUGAAAAUGAAUUGACUUGUGAAGAUUGCACAGAGGCUUUAACAACAGAGGGCGAGACUGAAAAGCAUGAAACCACAGAGGAAGACUCAGGACAGCCUGAAGCAGGAGAAAAUGAGACUGAUGAAAGUGACAGCAGGGAAGAAUCUGGAGCAGAAGGUACAUCUGCAGGAGAGGAAGCUGAAGAAACUCAAACGGGAAAGGUGGAAUCUACAGACGAUACAGAAGAUGAAUCCGAGCAAGAUGAAGGACAGAAUGCUGUCAGUGAAUCAGAGGAUAAUUCCAACAAACCAGAGAGUGGAUGCCCAGAAAGUGAUGUCACUUGUCAAGAAGAUACUAAUGAUGUAGUGGAGCUUAAACCAGAAGAGGAUGAGGAGAUGGAGGAAAAAUCAGAAACCAAAGAAGAAAUCAGAGAAAACAACCCAGAGGAUGAUGUUACACAAUGUGAAUGUAUUAACAUCCCAGAUGGAAGUCAUGAUAAUAAUGAAGAGGAUUCCAAUGCUUCUGAAAAGGAGGAUGAGGAAACCGAGACACCCAAUGAAGACUGGAGUGAAAAACAGGGAGAUUCAGCUGAUGGAGAAGACGAAGCAGAGGAAGACUCAGAUGAACCAGAGGAAGAAAGUGGUGACAUACAGCUUCCUUUGGUUACCAGCAAGAUAGACAAUCAAGAUGUAGCUAACAUAGUACCUAAGGAAGCGCUAAAGCCACUUGAUACUUUGAUCAAAAAGACCGCAGAAUCUGAGGACGGCACUUACGCUGACAUUGAAGAUUCAGAGCCUGAAAUAAACAGCCAAAAGCCUUGAGACAAAGAGUGUGAAAAAGAAGUUGUUUUGAAUUGACCGUGACUCUGCCAAAGCUGAAGGUGACUGAUAGAGAGUGAGACAUGGGAGAAAAAAACGAGGGGUAUUCUUAAUAUUUUAGGUUAGGUCUCCUAAAUGAAAAAAAGCAAAAGGAUUGAUGUAGAUUAUCCUAAAUCUUAAGUAGCACUAUUAGGCUCUACUUAACAAGUACUAAACAUGACAAGCACACAAGAUGAGAUACUACAGCAAAUGCUAGUAUCUGCAGAACACAAACUGCUCAUGCAACAAUAUGAAAAACUUGAAUGUAUAUAAUGCAUAUCUAAACUAAAUCAUAGAGUAUUUUAUUACAUAUCACCUGCAAUUCUGAGCCUUAGACAGAACACGGCACUGUUUAUGAGCUAUGCUUUCCAUAACUUGACAGUAUGGUCCCGUUCCU